UACACACUAACGCUCUGAAACCCUAACGCUCAGACAGAGCUCAUCUACAGCGCUUGCACUCUCUCAUCUGCCGGGGCUCCCUCCGUCGUCUCCCCUAACCCGUCUCUGCUGGCGCUCGCACUCCCUCGGCGCUCACUACUCACCGCGUCAGUUAGCCAACGGAGGUCGCCUUUCUUUCCUCCGCGCCGCCAGUCUCUGCCCUCCUUCCUCUAUCGUCUCUUCUCAUCUGCUCUACCGCCUUUUCUCCUUGUGUGCUCCGCUUCACUCUCUGUUGUUUUUGCCUCCCCUACCCUCUUUGCUAUUUAUGUCAUCGCUCUCCAACCUCUCUGUUUCUAUCUUUGCAUCUAGAAUGCAGCCUUCGGUAAAUUAUUUGGUUAAAUUUUUCUUUGAUAUGAUUAUCUGCUCUUGAAUUUGAUUUUUUGUUUUGAUUUUCAUGGUCCCCGGGAAUGGUGGAAGUUUCGGUUUGGUGAACGAGGACCUUCUCUAGAACAUUCUGGCGAGGCUCCGGCUCGUUGGUUCGCUUCCGCUGCUUGCGUCAGCAAAUCAUGGAGCUCUAUCUGCAAUCGAAUCCUUACUCGUCCAAAGCUCUCUUCUUCUCUUUCUCUCAAUCCUUCAAUUUCCCAUGGCGCAGAGGUUGUUGGUGGCACUGGCAGCCAUUUCCAUAACCGUCGCCGCAAGUUUUGGAGAUUCCGUUGACUUCUUUGACGGUGGUGGCAAAUCCGAACCACAGCCCACUCUCUACGACGAGCUCAUUCUCCCCGCCGGUUACCCCUACGCCGAAUACAUGAUAUUUUCUGCGAAAAGAGGACAAUGGAAGGCUGCAACUCAAUCAUGGGAGUAUAUUCGAUCCUUUCAGCGUUAUUAUAGCAACACGUACUUGGAUGGCAAUAAACAAAAAGCAAUUAACUUGUUCUUGGGCCAUUUUCAGCCACAACAGGGAAAACCAGCACUCUGGGAGCUAGAUUCAGAUCAGUAUUGCACUGUUGGGAAACACGACCCUUCUUCAGUUGAUAGCAAUGUUAGGUUGACUAUUAGAAGAUCGCUAUCAGACGGUAGUAUUCUCUGCAAAACUGAUACUACAAUUAGGAGCAUGGAACAUAUAAAUUGUCAGCACUCUGGAAAAAGUGAUCAGCAUUGUCUUUUAGAGGUUUCUCCAGAUAUCCGUAUUUGUGGAAGUGAUGUUUGUCAUUGCAGGCUGAUAAGCUUUUGUCCCCAGAAUUCCAACCUUUCUAUAGUUAUUAAUUUUGAUUUUCCCAAGAAUUCAGAAACUUAUCUCCACAGGGGAGGUUUGGGCAUCUUGGUUUAGCAGUUAACUUGAUCACUUAUUGGGACCACUUUAAUUUGAUUGAACAAGAAUUUGGAAUUGAAAUACAGCAAUUUCCACCAUACAUUGACCAGUUUGUUGCUAACAUUAGUAACAUCAAUUUGGGGGGAAUGAGAAGAGUUUUCUAUUUCUCUCAGGGACAGAGAGAGCAGAUUAUUCGUGAAGUGUAUUGUGGAGCUUUCCAUUUGGUUCCUUUAUCUAAGGAAGACUUGGUACAAGUUUGGGUUGAUUCAAUGACAUUUCUUAAUUCCCUUCCUAGAAAUUUAUUUUUGUUUAUGUUUGUAAUUUUCAUGUACACUAUAGUUGCAUGUAUAGAGAUGACAUGGUUAAUUUGGUUUAAAUUCUAUUAAUGUAAUAUUAUUUUUUAUUGAUUAAUUUUUUUAAAUGACAUUUACAUAUUUUUGUUAA